AUGGCAACGAAACUUACGCAUUUAGCACCACCGCCUGCUUUUGAUGCCGAAAGUGAGAAGUCGUCCUUAGCUCAACGAUGGAAAGACUGCCAUGAAAGAUUUGACAUGUACUUGCUUGCAGCAAACAUAACGGAUGCCAAACAAAAGCGUUCUCUCCCACUCUACGUUGCUGGUGCCGCAGUUCAUAAGAUUUUCAACACGUUAUUAAACGAUACUGGCACAGAUUAUAAAACAGCUGUGGAGAAAUUCGAUAGUUAUUUUCAACCGCAGAAAAAUGUAAUUUACGAAAGAUAUGUAUUCAAACAGACCCGACCUAGCCCUGAAGAAUCGGUUGAUCAUUUCAUUACACGUCUUCGACAGCUAGCGGAUACAUGUGAGUUUGCGAGGGCAUGUUGUAAAACAUGGACUGGACUUGUAAACUAUGGACUGGACUUGUAAAACAUGGACUUGUAAAACAUGGACUUGUAAAACAUGGACUUGUAAAACAUGGACUUGUAAAACAUGGACUUGUAAAACAUGGACUUGUAAAACAUGGACUUGUAAAACAUGGACUUAUAAAACAUGGACUUGUAAAACAUGGACUUGUAAAACAUGGACUUGUAAAACAUGGACUUGUAAAACAUGGACUUGUAAAACAUGGACUUGUAAAACACGGACUUGUAAAACACGGACUUGUAAAACACGGACUUGUAAAACACGGACUUGUAAAACACGGACUUGUAAAACAUGGACUUGUAAAACAUGGAGUUAAAAACUCAGAAAUAUUUUUCACCCCCCCCCCAACGAUUCGAAUGUACUGUCCCCCGGAAUUACGACAAUCAGACAGACACAAGAUUCUGAUUCGAGUUCACAUAGAUCCGCGCGAAAGACUGGGUCGAGUGAACUUUGGAAAAUCCUGAGCAAGCGUCAAGAAUAGUGUGCUGCCUCGCUAGCGCUCGCCAGCAAAAAGAUAUGUCAGCAGAAGAUGACAUAUUCCUCGCGUAAGCAUCGCCAAUAGCCGACCGUAGAAAAUUACCUUAUGUGUAAUAUAAGAACAAAAUAUCGAUAAUUAUAUGUGACGUUUCUAAGGGGGGGGGGGGGGGGGAGUCUCCAGAGAAACGUACAUAUGACGUUUCUCAUGGACAAAAUCGAUAUGUGAGGCUUCCCUAAAAUGGCUGACUGUUUUGUGGGAAUUUGUUCCACACAUGACUGAUUAUAAAUAUUUAUAACAUUAUAUAUUUAUAAUAUUAAUUAUAUCUAUUUGAACCUUUUACUUUUAAUAGUGCAUGUGCAAUUUUUACACUCUAUCUUCAUGGAGUAUUUUAAAGCGUUCCGUAAAUAUAAAGUAUUUCAUCUUGGGAAUAAUAAUAAGAAAAAUUAUAUUGUUCUAUUUCGCCUCUUGACGUUCUAAUUGUUUUAUGCCAGUGACAGGGUGA